CCGUUGCUUAGACGGAAGGUAUAGUAAGCAUCUAGCAGGGUGCAACUGUACUAAGCACACUUGUGCUCAAAGCUGAGUUUGUUGGCCGCCUUCUGGACCAUUGCUAGCAGACUAGCGCUUGACUAGAACAGGUCUGCUCCCUACCAAGUUCAGUUUGAAUCCUGCAGUUGAUUCAUAAAGAACAUCGUGGACCUUCAGUGCGCGACAUUUUGAGUCCUGGCUAUAUAACCUUUCAACAUCUCCGGCACCUUUCGAGGUGCCGCGCGGUCGUCAAGAAUGCUUGGCACCGUCGACUAUCGUCGAUUUCUUCGAGUGUUGUUAAUAGCCUUCCUGCUGCCGGGUGCGCCGAUUCCUGGCACCCCUAGCGGACUGACGUUCGCCAAUGCCGAUGGGACGCCUCUACCUCCGUCGCCCUUCCCCUCACCUGUGAGCACAUCGCCAUCACCACCUUCGCCUUCGCCUUCUCCACCUUCGCCGCCUUCUUCUCCACCAUCUCCUUCCCCAUCGCCUCCCAGUCCGCCUUCGCCUCCACCGUCCCCGCCUUCCCCACCUGCACCUCCUCCCUCACCACCUUCACCGCCUUCACCUCCCGCACCACCUCCUAACCCCUCUCCUCCCAUCGCGCCACCCUCCCCUCCGAGCCUCCCACCCUCACCACCAUCCCCUUCGGCUCCGCCUUCUCCGCCCUCACCACCAUCCCCUCCUGCACCUCCUUCACCUUCUCCUCCGCCCUCGCCUCCUAACCCACUCGCGCCUCCAACCCCGCCCUAUCCUCCGUUCCCGCCAGCGCCUCCUGGCAAGUACUGCGCCUACGUCUGCCCGCCAUCUCCUCCCCCUCCGAGGCCGCCUCCCCCUCCUAAGCCUCCUGUUCCAUCACCUCCUAGCCCAGCCCCGUCCCCAAAUCCACCAUCACCGCCCAAGCCCCCGCUGCCCCCCUCCCCUCUUCCCCCUUCCCCUCCUUCUCCAUCACCUCCGCCCUCACCUCCCUCACCUGUGCCGCCAUCUCCUCUUCCUCCCGCACCUCCCUCACCUGAGCCGCCAUCUCCUCUUCCUCCCGCACCUCCUUCACCCGACCCGCCAUCACCAUCACCUCCCUCCCCGCCUCCAUCACCACCCCCUCCAUCCCCUGCACCCUCGCCUCCUCCUUCCCCUGCACCCUCGCCUCCUCCAUCCCCUGCACCCUCGCCUCCUCCAUCCCCUGCACCCUCGCCUCCUCCAUCCCCUGCACCCUCGCCUCCUCCUUCUCCUGCGCCGUCUCCUCCGCCUUCGCCCUAUCCGUCACCUCCACCUUCGCCGCCUCCGCCUUCGCCCGCUCCUUCGCCGCCCCCGCCUUCGCCUCCACCUUCACCUCCUCCUUCUCCUGCACCAUCCCCUUCCCCUCCACCACUUCCCCCUUCGCCACCUCCUUCGCCGGUUCCACCUUCACCUCCUCCGCCUUCGCCCGUUCCACCUUCACCUCCGGUUCCACCAUCUCCGCCUCCUCCUUCUCCCAUGCCUCUACCUCCAUCUCCUCCGACACCUCCUUCGCCCGUUCCACCUUCACCUCCUCCGCCUUCGCCCGUUCCACCUUCACCCCCUCCGCCUUCGCCCGUUCCACCUUCACCUCCUCCGCCUUCGCCCGUUCCACCUUCACCCCCUCCGCCUUCGCCCGUUCCACCUCCUUCUCCUCCUCUACUUCCACCUUCACCCGCGCCUCCUCUACCACCUUCCCCGCCUCCCAGUCCCGCACCAUCACCUAUUCCGCCCUCGCCCCCUCCAUCUCCCGUUCCUCCUUCCCCUCGCCCCUCGCCUCCUCCUUCCCCUGCACCCUCGCCACCUCCUUCCCCUGCACCUUCGCCGCCUCCUUCCCCUACACCCUUGCCUCCUCCUUCCCCUCGUCCAUCGCCACCUCCGUCGCCCGCCCCUUUCCCUCCUCCUUUCCCGCCACCUUCACCUGCUCCGUCUCCUCCCCCCUCUCCGCCUCCUUCGCCCCCGCCUUCACCCGCUCCGUCUCCUCCCCCAUCUCCGCCCCCCUCCCCCCCUCCGUCACCCAAGCCCUCUCCUCCUCCCAGCCCUCCCCCUACUCCCCCAUCUCCGCCACCAUCUCCACCUCCCUCGCCCCCGCCUUUUCCGCCACCUAGCCCCCCGCCAUCGCCCCCGCCUUUCCCUUCGCCGCCCCCGUCUCCUCUUCCGCCAUCGCCUGCCCCCAACCCGCCUCCAUCACCAAGCCCUCCUCCCUCGCCGAUUCCGCCCUCUCCCAAGCCUCCAUCCCCUCCGCCGCCGGUGUGCCAGCUGGUCUGCUGGGACAUCCCCGCCCCUGUGUCUGGCCGUGCUGUUGCCAUCGGCCCUGUUACCUGCAACGUGACAGGCUCCCCCACCACCACCGCCCCCACCAACUCUACCGGCUUCUUCUACCUGCCGUUCAACAACGGCACCGCCAGCCUGAUCUCCGGAUGCAAGGACAAGGCCACCAAUGCCUCCUAUGACGACGCCCUGCUGUGGACCGUUGUUCCGACCUACACCUCCACCAACUUCUCGGUCAUCUCGCCGCUGUCUUCUAUUGCCUCCAUCUUCGCUUCCACGCCGUCUGAGCUUUCGAAUAAAAUGGCGAAUCUGGGCAAGAUUCUGGGGCUGACUGCCACAGAGGCUGCCAACUUGCCAGGGUACGACUACCUUGCCGAGUCGCAGUCGGCAGCUACAGGUGACAAGAUCACCUCUCGUGGUGUCCGUGUGGCGUUGGCGAACUACAUGGCGAUCGGUACCACGGUCAACAUCAUCAACUUGCUUAAGAACCUGUACAACGUUACCCGCGACGAGGCUGUUGAUGCUGCUCUCUAUGGCCUGGCGGACACUGUGUCCCUAACCACCAAGGCUGGUCUUCAAGAAGCAGUCAGCACCGCCGUCGACGUGAUCAAGGGCAACAUCUACCGUCGCAGCGCCCUGUCCGGCCCCUUCACCUUCGAGCUCGCCAGGCGCUCCGGUGGCAGCACCCUGGAGGUUCGCCACGCUGCUCGUCGCCUGCAGGGCACCACUCCUGAUGUCGCUGCCGUGACCGCCGCUCUACUUGCCAGUCUGGUCGAGACUAACGCCCUCAUUGCUAAGCAGCAGCAGACGGCUUCCACCGUCACCUCGCCGUUGCAGCUGUCCGAUAUCCUGGCCUCGGGCGGCAAGGUCGCGACGGUGCAGACCACAUCCAUGGCGGCCGCCACCUCUGCCCUGGCCAGCGGCACCGUCAGCGUCAGCUCCUACAGCGCCUCCUACACUGGCACCGGUCUGUCCAACACGGUUGCCAACGUGCAGUUCUCCAUCGCCGCCAACCAGCCGCCCCCGCCUCCGCCUCAGUCGCCGCCUCCGCCGUUCCCCUCGCCUGAGGAGACGAAGAAGAAGGUCAACAAGGGCGCCAUUGCCGGUGGUGUGGUUGGUGGUGUCUGUGGUGCCGCGCUCAUCGCUGGUAUUGUUGCGUUCGUGGUGAUUAGGCGCCGCAACUCUCAAGUUACCGCCGCUGCUGCCGCGCGUCCCGCUGCGUAAUUGUGACGGCUUAGCCUCAUAAUUGUGCACUGCAAAGUGCGAGUAUGGAUCCAUUCAUCGGAAGGACGUCGGAAAUUUCCCAUGUGUGUGUAUGGGUACAUAUAGGAGGAGAUAUUGGAGUCCUGUGAUCCGUACAGUUUGUUGGAUUCAUUUCCCUGGGUUCGGACGCACUGUGUGCUGUGUCUUCCAGUUCGGCUGUAUGAUGCGCGACUGGUGUGUACUCAUCGCCUGUCCGUAUUACCUACCAGCGCUUGAUUGACCGUACUGCGCAUUCCUGAGUGUGAAGGGUAUGUUGCUAACCGCGGAUUGGGAAUUCUCGGCCCCUCCGGUAGUUGCUACAAUAGUUUGAGCUGCAUGAUGGAUUGAGUUGGAUUAGGUUGUACGCAAUGCGGCCAUUGUCGUUUUGAAGCUUUCGUUAAUCGUGACGCUUUCGUAUCCAGUAGUCCUAACUGACGUUAUCCUGACGGUCUGCUUUGGCAGCGGGGUUGCCCAACGCCUCAUUUGCGCCUAUCCUCUCGACGAUCGCACCUGAAUCCCAUGACACGGUUCGAUGCAAUCACUAUGGCUGCAACUAUGUGUCAUUUUCAUCAUGGAGCAGACCGUAGGGUAGGGUUGCUGUUAGGAUCGUCGGGUGUCUUCAUCCGGAUUUUGCCGAUGCUUUUGGCAGGGACUGCGCCUAUUAUAUACAGUUGUGCAUGUGUUACGCCGAGGUAAAUGUGGGACUGGGUGGAACGGGCUUUCCGCUUCGUAUUCCCGUCGUCUUCAUGCAAUGCCAUCGCGCCUCGGCCUCCUUUUCGACAUGUCGAGAUGGAGUGGCUCGUGUACUGAGUGUGACCUCUUACUGCGUGGUGUACCUAGAAGGACAUAAACUCCAAGCGUCACCGGACAUAAAAACUUAUGUGCAUACCAACUGCAGCGCGUGCUGCUGCAUUCUGUAAUCUAUCUCAGGAGUACCGAA